AAAACUCAACCCAAACCGAGAUAAAAACUAUGUUGUCAUCAAAGAAAACAACAACGGGGAAAUCAAAUCCAGAUGAAAAUUUUGUUUUCCUGUGGUUUUGAUUUGAGUUUCAACUUUCCCUUGAUUUUGGUUUCCAAGAGAAGGUCAACGAAUUGUUGAUGGAUUCAAGAAUCUAUUUUUUGUGAAAAUCGUUGAUCAAGGAGGGUAGAUGCCUGUGUUGCUAUCGAUUUUGGUCCUCCACAAUUCGCAUACAGAUGUUUGAAGAUAUACUUGGGGUUCGCAUACAGAAGUCGGUUUGCAAGAGAGAAGAAGAAGAAUCGAGUUGCAAGAGGGAUAAAAGCUGUCAAUUUAGAAAAUUAAUAGGGGUAUUAUGGGAAAUGUGAAAAUUCAUUUAAAAGAACCCGGUUGUUUUUUUUCAAAGCACCUUUAAGAGGCAGCGUGUUGGCUGCUUCGAGAUUCUGCUGUGGGUCACCGCAGUUUUUAAAAUAAGCAAGGUUCAAUUGUUUUACCAAACGCUUUUGUUUCCAAAACUUUUUUUAUAAGCUGCUUAUUUAUCAAGCGCAGCAAUCCCAAACACCACCUAAAAUUGAUAUUUUGGGUUUAGGGUUUAAGAUUUUGGAGACUCACGAGUUUGAGAUUGCACGCCCAGUUUAUUUUCACUUUUUUUUUAAAUUUCCUUUUUUAACCUUUUUUUUUUAGUUCUCUCGCGCUCUCUCUCUCUCUCUCUCUCUCUCUCUCUCUCAACUCUCGGCCCAGUUAUCUCACCGCCUCCUCAGUCCUCUCUGUCUCACUCAUAUCCUCCUCUCUUUCUCUCAGAUCUCACUGCCUGGGCUUUCAUCAAAGGUUCAUCAACAAUAGUAAACGGUUCAUAGGAGAGGCAUUUCAUGGCAUAUUCUGAAGGGCGUGAUUUCAUGUUCUGCGACUUGUGUGGGACUAUGCGAACAUUGAGUUCAACUAAGCAUGCUCAAUGCCCCUUGUGCAAGCGUAAGAUAAGCGCGAAAGAGAUCUCCGGAAGACAAAUAUCUUACACAGCCACUGCUGAGGAUAUUAGAAGGGAGCUAGGCAUAUCAAUAAUUCGUGAAGAAAAAGUGCAAUUGCAAAAGACAGAUGCUAAAACAUGUGAAAAAUGUGGCCACAAUGAGCAUACAUAUUAUUCCAGACAGAUGCGAUCAGCAGAUGAAGGAGCAACUACUUUCUACGUGUGCACCAAUUGCCAGCACCAGUUUACAGAGAAUUGAUAUGUCAGAGGUUAUAUAAGAGACUGCGGGGAUCAAAAUGUAUGCGUUGAUGUAUGUCACUAACUGAGUGUGUUCGUAAUUGAGUGUGGCGUAGACAUGUAGGAUAUUUAAGAUUUCUCUGAUAUCAAAUUUUGAAGGUGUACCGUACCUAGGAUUAGAGUAGAGUGAGUCGAGAAUCUUUAUAUCCUAUUUUUGCAACAUUAUGCACCAAAUGUUAAUUGCAAGAAGUUCUCCUUGUGUGCUU